AUGACCGGGCGGGAGCGGGGCCGGGCCGGGCUCUCACCGCCUACAAAUGCGGCGAUCCCGGAGCGGGGCCACCGCCUCCUGCGUGUCCGUGUCCUCGCGUGUCUGUGUCCCCGCGCAGGGCGGAGCAUGGCGGCGCGCCGCUGGCUGCUGGCGCUGCUGCUGCUCUUCUGCCUCGCGCUGAGCGCCGCGUCCGCGGGGCCGCUGGGAGCGGGGCUGGACGGGAUGGAUCCCGAGGACGGCCUCAUCCGAACGCUGGUGCGGCCACGGGGUGCGCGGCGUGGGAACGUGCGGAGGCCAGGAGGGUGGAGGCGGCUCCGCCGUCCCCGGCCACGGCUGUCCCAUAAGGGCCCCAUGCCCUUCUGAUGGAGGACCGCCGCCAGCGCUCCAAGGAUGCAUCCCCACUGCCUGCUCUGCUCGUCCCUGAGCCGGCAUCGCCUCCCUGCAGCUGUCCCUGGUGGCUCUGGCACCGUGUUCUCCCAGUGCCCCGUGCCCCAAUCCCGGUGUGCCGGCUCCGGGGGCUCUGCGUAAAGCACUUUGUCUGGCGGAGGAGCUCUCCGUGGGGCCCUGCCCCAUCCCCUCCCGGAGGGGUCUAUUUAUUCCUGUGAUGCUGACCCCGUGUGAGCUGCCCUGUGGGGUUCCCACCCCCCUGGGGCUCUGCAGGAAGCACUGAUGUACCCCAAAAGGGCCGCAGCGGUGCCGGGCCCUGCUGGUCACCGCGUCUGUCACGUCUGUAAAGAAUUGU